AAGUAUCUUAAUAAUGACUGUAUAGAUCGAUGAAAUUCGACAUGAAUGUAGAACAUAUACUGGAAGAAAAUAGAGCUACUUAUUAAGAUUUUUUUUAUUUCCGCGCGGACGGAGUCGCGUGCUACAACUAUACAUCUCCGUCUUACAUCACUUAUGUAUAUUAUCACAUGAAAUUAAUCUAUACUUACUGAAUUUUAAUCAUUAAUUACUAUCUACAGUUACGAAUUAAGUACUAGCCAGAUAUAUAGGUGAAUUUACGAACAUCAGUAAAUAUUUGAUAAACCAUUUAGAUCAAUUUCGUGCCUCAUUGAAGUUGUACCUUUGUUAAAUUGAAAAAAAAAUAAUGAAAUUAAUCUUAAAAUAAUAAUAAUAUUUAAAUAUUAAAUGGAACGUCCAGAGUACGAAUACGAUAGAAUAGAAAAGUUGCCAGUUGCGAUGGACACGUCGAUUAAAUUUCAGCUGUUAAUUGUGGCCUGUAUUAACAUUGGUCAGAUAGUGGUGGGAUACAGCGUCGGAUGGUCAGCUCCUAUCAUACCUAAGUUACAGGACAACACAACUUCGCCUUUGCCGGAACCUAUAACAGACCUUCAGGCAUCAUGGGUCGGUUCACUGCUUUAUAUUGGAGCCAUGAUUGGUCCUUACGUCACUGGCAUAUUAUCAAAUCUGAUUGGUCGAAAACCUUGUUUGCUGAUUGGUGGAUGCAUAAAUGUACUGUCGUAUAUUCUGGUCAUCACCACGAAAAAUGUUGCAAUGGUGAUGGCGUUAAGGGUGAUGAGCGGACUUGGAAUGGGUAUCACAACGGUGUGCAAUCUUGUAUAUGUCGGUGAAAUAGCGUCGACUAACAUAAGAGGUAUACUACUGACAUCUACGGGUAUAGUGGGGAUAACUGGUACAUUAAUAGUGUACGCGGUAGUACCUUACGUAUCAUACGUAGCAACGGGGUAUAUAGCACUAGCUGUGAGCAUAGCGCAUGUAGUUGGAUUGUUCUUCGUACCAGAAUCACCAGUAUACUAUGCUAUGAAAGGUCAAGAAAUAAUGGCAGCUAAAACACUCAACUUAUUAGGAAGGUCUUCUGAUUUAGAUAAAGUUUUAGAGACCUUUGCACAUAAGAAAGGUGAAUCAUCAAGUAAAGUAAAAGAUUGGAUUGAAAUAUUCACCGUUAAAUCAAACAGAAUGUCUUUGUUUAUUACAUUCACAUUGGGAGCUCUACAGCAAACAAGUGGUGUGGCUGUAGUAUUGUUCUUUGCGACAACGAUAUUCCAGUUAGCUGGAUCAAGUAUACGACCUGAUUUAGCAACUAUUAUUAUUGGAGUAACAAGACUGGUAUCUAGUUUGAUCGCUCCAACAUUUGUAGAAAGAUCUGGAAGGAAGAUUCUUUUGUUGGUGUCUAUGAUUGCUUGUGCUGUCAGUUUAGGCGUACUCGGAUUAUAUUUCUAUUUGGACAGAGUGAAGAGUCCGGCCAUUGAAUCUAUUGGCUGGUUGCCGCUGGUUGCUUUGAUUAUUUAUUUCUUUUCCUAUGAAGCUGGUUUCGGUACGAUACCAAAUGCGAUAGUCGGCGAGAUGUUCCGGGCCAACGUGCGUGCGAAUGGCUCCGCUCUUGCUAUAACCCUCACGUGGCUCGUCGGCUUUGGUCUUACCACUGGCUUCAAUAGCAUGAUAGACGUACUCGGUGGUGACGUCACAUUCUGGAUUUUUGGGGGUUCAUGUAUUGUUGCGUUCUUCUUCACAUUCUUCUUUGUACCGGAGACUAAAGGGAAGACUUUAAAUGAAAUACAAGAUAUGAUGAGUUAGUUUAAAAUAAUGUUUUUAAUAAUUGUCAUAUGUAUCGUUGGAUUAUUACUAAGUAACCCCUUUUAGAGUAUUUUUAUGAAACUUUGAGUUGUGUAUUAAACCUCAUUGCCACUAAGUGGCUAGCGGUGUUCCUCUUUUUGCGAGCGACUGUUUUCUUUGAGCAAUGUAUGUAAUGUGGUCGCGCUGCUAUUUGCUAAGUGAAAUUGGAUUCUAAAUAUUAUAGAAUCGCCAAUAGGUUAGUAGGGGUCACUACCACUGUUUAUAAAUAAGAAAAAUUCAUAUCGAAGUAACUAUGAUAAAGAAUAGUGUAGAUGUAGAGUAAAUGUGUUGUGUAAACAAUAAAAAAAAAAUAUUAUU